AUGAGGAUGCUACUUAUCCUUCAACUCUCUUUAGUAGUGGCGGAUUUGGUUGUGAUAUUAUUAUUAGCAACUCCAAUUCCAACAGCAGCACAAGCCCUCCCUGGCUGCCAAGACCAUUGUGGCAAUCUCUCAAUCCCAUAUCCCUUUGGCAUAGGCCCUGGCUGCUACCUCCAACCCCAAUUCAACAUCACUUGCAACCAAUCCUCCCAGCCCCCAAAAGCACAGUUGUUGACAAGUAAUAUCAUAAUCACCAACUUUUCCAUUGAGGACGGUGAGCUCCAAAUACUUCAGUACGUUGCCGAAGACUGUUACGACGCUCAGGGAAACUCGACUGGCCACAACGUCCCCAGGCUGUGGGUGCCUCCUCCCUACACCAUCUCUCAUACCAAGAACAAGUUCUACGUCCUUGGCUGCGACACUUACGCGUUUUUCAGAGGCUACAGAGAAGACCAGAAGUUCACGACGGGGUGCUUGUCCAUAUGUGAUAGUCUAGGCAACGUUGUUGACGAGCAGAACACUUGCUCUGGCGUUGGUUGCUGCCAAACUUCCAUCCCUGGAGGGCUAAAGAAUCAGACGGUCACGUUGAAAAGCUUUAGAAAUCACAGCGAUAUUUUGGGCUUCAACCCCUGCAGCUACUCGUUUAUUGUGCAAGAUGGCCAGUUCGAAUUCAAUGGUAUAAAUUUUCAACAGCUCAACAACAGAACCUUGCUUCCGGCGGCUCUUAAUUGGGAAAUUGGGAAUCAGUCAUGUGACGCAGCUCAAAAGAGCGAAGGUUUUGCAUGCAAGGGAAAUAGCAACUGUACUACUGUUGGGUCUGCAGGUUACACUUGCAAGUGCAAGCCAGGGUACCAUGGGAAUCCAUACCACCCAGAUGGUUGCCAAGGUAUUUGA